CCUCGCGAUUGAGAAAGAACAAAACACAUUUUGUUUGUGUAGCCAUCACAAAAUCUCUAUCUCUCUCUCUCUCUCUCUCUUGUUACAUAAACACAAGCCUCACGCCUGAGAAAGAACAAAACACAUUUUUUUUGUGUAGCCAUCACAAAAUCUCUAUCUCUCUCUCUCUCUCUCUCUCUCUCUCUCUCUCUCUCUCUCUUGUUACAUAAACACAAGCCUCACGCCUGAGAAAGAACAAAACACAUUUUUUUUUGUUUUGCCAUCACAAUUUAUCUCUAUCUCUCGCUCUCUCAGCCUCCAUACAGUUAUGAUAAGAGUAAUGGUGUCGAAGUCACACACAGUCGCCAGUUACUGUUUGGUGGCACUGCUGGUCCUAACACUGGCGGGGUCGGUUAAAAACAGCCACGGAGGAGGUAGCGGAGCAGCGGCGGGGUGGGGAAGAAACUGUGAGGUUUGGAGAGGGAAGCAAAUGAUGGAGAGGCCAUGUGAGGAGUUAUACAUAGUAGGGGAAGGUGAGACGCUUCACAGCAUCAGCGAAAAGUGCGGCGACCCGUUUAUCGUGGAGCGUAACCCGCAUAUCCAUGACCCGGAUGAUGUCUUCCCGGGUCUCCUCAUUAAACUUCACAUUAACCUCCCUGAAUAAGUUCAUCACAAGUUCAAGAUCAUGUCGUUUCAUGUACAUUAUUAUCACAUCGAUCCCUCUAUAUCUCUGUUUCUAUUAGUUUUUCUUCUUCUUCUUGUUUGGGUCUUAUUUGUACGUUUUUUGUUUUUGAAUGAAUAGUAUCAUAUCUUUGUUAGUGAAUUGUUUUGUUUUA